AUGGGAAACUUAAAAGUUGGUGCUGCGAAGAUUGACAUCACGCCGCCGCUCGGCUGCAACAUGGCAGGAUAUGCGGGGCGAGACAGCGGCAGCGAAACAAUCGCCGAUGCACUCUACGCGAAAGCCAUCGUAUUUGACGAUGGGGAUACACAAGCUGCGAUCAUCACCAAUGAUUUGAUUGGUGUAGAAGCGAUAUUUGUCGAUCAUGUUCGCCAAACAAUUGAGGAGACGACAGGGAUUCCGGCGGGCAACGUGAUGGUCAGUUGCUCCCACACGCAUUUCGGUCCUGAAGUCCGUGCAUCACGCUCCACAUCCCCUGAUAAUCCCAAGAAUCGCAUUUACGCCAACAUGCUUGCACAGCAGCUCACGACGCUCACGCAACUCGCUCAACAGCGGCUUCAACCGGCACGGGUUGGCGCCGGACAGGGGAUCGCGGAUCAGGUCAGCUAUAAUCGGCACACGAUUCGCCCAGACGGGAGUGCACAAACCAACUUUCGUCUCCCUGAUCCCGAUUCAGGUCUGACGUUCGGUCCCUAUGAUUCGACGGUGAGAGCCCUCCGCGUUGAUAGCGUAACGGGGGAACUAGCGGCUUCUCUUAUCCAUUUCGCUUGCCACCCCGUUACCACAACAGAUCGGAUGUACACAAUUAGCGCGGACUAUCCGGGGUAUGCAAUGGAAGUAGUCGAGACAGGGGAGGGUGGAACAUGUUUGUUUGGAUUGGGCUGUGCAGGCAAUAUUGUUCCCUAUCCAGCGUGA